UGCUGGGCAUGAAACCAUGAAACCGAGACCCGAACGCGAGGCUCGAGCUGAAAUCGCGGCCAAACAAAUUCAAAAAUGUUUGGUGAAUUUCAAUUGCUGACAAAUUGCGAAAGCGCCAGCGAUGCCAGGAAGCGAAAGGAAAUGCGCCGCAGGACAGGUUCCCAAACAGCGAGGAUGCGGCUUCGAUAAUAUUAUUAGUACCGCUCAACAAUUGCCGCAGWCAGRACAGCGCAGGACAGCAGAGGSCAGGAGCCUGGAACUAGGGGGCAGAGAGACAGAGGGCACUUCCAUCGAGUCAUUCACAGCGACCAGCCGUACAUAUUUUAAUAAUAUUCACCAAAGUUAUGAAUUCUGUACGCCAACAAGGAAGGCAAUGAUGAAGUUCCUGCUGCCGUUGAUGAUGACGAUAAGUGGCAGCAAUACGUUCGCCCGAAAUGAUAAACUUUCGAGUUCUGGAGUGGUUCGUUGUCCCUAUGCUAAUUAUUAUUGUAUGGCGGGUCUGGCGGGACUGGCGGGAUUCGCAACGCAUCACUGCCGGCCACGAUUUUAUCUAAGCUGAUAAGGAAAUUGCUUAGAAUUCGUAAUGGAGCGGCUGCUAAAUGGAGCAGAAGUUAUAGCCUGGCUUAGGGCUCGGAGGUGUUAAGCUGCUGAUGGAUAUUUGAGUUGACCCGGGCCAGCAAGCGGUCUGAGGUCAGGUAGCUCAGUUGACAAUUUGGCGCCAUGAGRAGCCCGGCACGUGUUAGCCCUGCUGCAUAUUUCAAAUUGMUCAGCCAUUGAUUUCGUGCCYCAGACUGUAUUAAYGGACRAUUGAGGCGAACUGGCGGAAUGGGUCUGCUUUUGUUUGGGAAUUGAAUAAUGUUAAUCGAAUCUUUCACUUUCU